UGGGAACUCGGUUGUUUCAAAAGUAUAUAUUCGUAUAAGUAGUCGGGCGGUUCCAACACCAAUUUCUAUUCUGGCCCCUCUUUUUUAUGAUUUUCACAGCGCCUUUCGCUACCCACUCCGGCCAUGGCAGUCAUCCUUGAGGUCCUCGAUAACCAACACCUCUUGCAGGGGGUCGUACUGGCCUUAGUUUUGGUCUUUGUUUCCAGCUUCUACCAUGAACUAGCAGAUAGUUUUCCAUACAAGAAUAUUCCUCUAAUUGGCAAAAGCAAAUGGGAAAUCACAAACACAAAAGCCAAGCAACGAUUUGUUACGUCUGCAAAGGAGCUCUUCGCUGAGGGUUUCAGUCAGGGUAGAAAGUCGUUCCAGGUUGUUUUCUCCGCUAGGCCAACGAUUGUCCUUCAUCCAAGCCUAGUGGACGAAGUUAAGAACCAUCCACUUCUUGACUUCAAUGAAGCAAAUAAGAAGAGCUUUUUUGGAUCCAAGAUCCCAGGAUUUGAGCCGUUCGAUGGAUUAGAUCACGAGGGCAUAUUCCUUGAAGUGAUCAAUAAGAAGAUUACUCAAGGGCUUGGGCAACUGAUCACUCCACUAUCAAGAGAGACAGCUACAGUCAUGAAUGAAAAGCUUCCGGACACUGGGGAAUGGCUCUCCUUCAACUUUGCACAGGAAAUUCCCCAUAUUGUAGCUCGCCUGUCCUCUCUUGUGUUUCUGGGUGAGAAAAUCUGUCGCGACAAGCAGUGGUUGGACGUUUCCGUCAACUAUACCAUUCACGCUUUCGUUGCUGCUCGUGACCUCAGACUUUACCCUUCAAUCCUCCGUCCUUUUGUCCACUGGUUCCUGUCGUCGACUCGUGAGACCCGGAAAGACAUUCGCAUCGCUUCCGGCAUCAUCAACCGUGAGAUGGAAAAGCGGAAACUCAUCCGGGAAGGCAAGCUCCCUGAAGAGGACCCUCCGAGGACGCACGCCGAUACGUUGGACUGGUUUGAGGAGGUUGCUGCUGGCCGGCCGAUAGACAUCGCUGUUGCCCAGGUCGGCCUUUCCCUAGCGGCGAUCCACACGACUUCUAACCUCCUCACGAACAUUAUGUACGACUUGACAGCCUACCCGGAGCACAUCCAGCCACUGAGAGACGAGAUCAUUGCUAUCGUUCGCGAAGACGGAGGAUUGAAGAAGACCAGCUUGACCAAGAUGAAACUGAUGGAUAGUGUACUGAAGGAAUCCCAGCGAAUGCACGCCGCCGGCAUUGCCUUCCUCAACCGCCUCGCUAUGGGAGAUAUUAUGCUGUCCGACGGCACCCGCAUCCCCAAGGGCGCCAGCGUAGCAGUUUCGGCGCACAACAUGGAGGAUGAAACCCUCUACCCGAACGCGAAGACGUACGAUGGCUUCCGAUUCUACAAGAAGCGUCAAGAACCCGGCAACGAGCACCGAUUCCAGUUCGUGACCACCAGCCCGGAACAUCUCGGCUUCGGACACGGCAUGCAUGCAUGCCCGGGACGCUUUUUCGCCUCGAACGAAGUGAAGAUUCUCCUCAUCCACUUCCUCAUGAGAUACGACUGGAAGUUCGCCGAUGGCUGCACAACGCGACCGAUGAACUUUAUGCACGGAACAGAGUCAAUUUGCGAUCCGACCGUGGAAUUCCUAUUCAAGCCCCGACAGCCAGAGGUUGAUCUGUCGUGAUCCGUCCUUCUUCUUUAAGCCUGUAUAUACCAAAUCGACCAGUACAGCGUACUGUGUACAUACUAGACUGCCUAAAUCCCGAU